GUAACUAUGCAUUGUCGAAUUUUGAAUGGUAUGGAUAAAGAAAAUAGGAAGCAUUUCUUAUCUCCAAACUUUGUGUCUGAUGUGGAAAAGAAGAGGGGUUCCUUAUCUCCAAAAUACAUAUGUGACAAUUUAUGGAAAUAUUUCAAAAAUACUCGGUUGUGCACAUAUGAACAGUUGUUCAUACCAAUAUGCAGGAAAAAUCAUUGGUAUUUAAUAAUUUUGAAUAUUCAUGCGAAAAGAAUCGAGUUAUUGGAUUCAUUAAUUGACGGAAGGAAAAAACGGAUGGAUGCCUUCAUAGAGAAACUGGUGAACAUUUUGUCAACUGUCAUUGGGAUUCAAGAAAGAAGACCAUCAGUGGACAUGAUAGAAUUUGAAUUUGUUGUUCCAGAAGUUGUCCAACAAUUGAAUCCAACGGAUUGUGGCAUAUUUGUAAUGAAGUUUAUGCAAUUAUGGAGUAACGGUGGAAUUUCUCGUGCAAUUGCAAAUGUAUUAUAUUUAAAUUAUAUUCCAGUUUAGGCAUGUAAUCUGUGAAACCCUUUUUGGGUUGACUAAUGGAAACUAUGGAGUACGUUCUUGCAGGUUAUACAGGGCUAAGAAAUUCCCUGUUAUCCUGAUAACACUGCAUGGCAAGUGGAGAAGCCCCACUGCCAGUAAUUAUUGUAUGGUAUAUGUGCUGCUGCAGUUUUAAUCUGUAUAUAGAGUUACUAGAGGAUGAACAUAAGAUGUUUUGUUAUAUGAUCCAGCUUAAAUAGAUCCAUUGUGUACUGACUGCCCUCAUGAGAUGGACAAUAUUCUUGUCAAUAUUAUCUACAUGCAAAUGCAUAUUCUUAUGUA